GCUGAUUAAAAACCCAAAUAUUUGCAUUGUGCAACUUAUUCACCGUUGAUCUAGCGCAUGAUAGACAGAACGCCCAGUGUUUGGGAUAGAGAAAACAUGCUGAUACCUGUUCUACUGAUCCUUUGCAUUUCUUUGCUCUAUUAUUACGUAACUUGGCUUCAAAACUACUGGACUAGAAGAAAAGUACCCCAAGGUGAUACAGUAUGGCUAUUCGGAGACUUAUUCUGGUUUAUUCUUCGCCGUGAAAGUACAGCUGCAUGGGUGAAAAGGGUCUAUGAUAUCUGCCCUAACACACGGUAUUCAGGAUGCUAUCAGUUUACCACCCCUACACUAGUAAUAAAAGAUGUGGAUUUAAUUAAGAAAAUUGCAAUUAAGGAUUUUGAUACUUUUCCAGAUCACAGGACUUAUGUUCCGGAGACUAGUGACCCGCUGUGGGCUAAAAAUCUAUUUGCAGUAAAAGUUCCAAAAUGGCGGCAGAUGCGACCAGUCCUAUCUCCGGCCUUUACCAGCAGCAAAAUGAAACUGAUGUUUAACCUAAUGAUCGACUGUGUUGACCAUUUUGUCGACUAUUUUAAAAAUGAUAACAACGAAGUAGUUGAAGUAGAAUGUAAAGAUGUUUUUAGCCGUUUUGCGACUGAUGUGAUUGGUAGUUGUGCAUUCGGGUUCGAGGUCCAUUCUGUAGAAGAAGCAAACAACGAGUUUUACCAAAAAGGUUGCGAACUUACGGAUUUUACUAAUUUUUGGAAAAACUUUGCUUUAUUUGGGUAUAUGAUUAUACCAGGAUUAUAUAAGCUUCUCAACUUAAAAAUAGUAUCAGAUGAAGAAAGCAAAUACUAUCACUCUAUUAUAGAGAAAACCAUAAAAUUAAGAAAAGAAAAAGGUAUAAUAAGACACGACAUGAUUCAUCUUUUAAUGGAAGCAAGAAAUGAAGCAAAUAAAUUACAGACUAAUGGAGAUAAUAAUGUUUGGAAUAUCUCCGAUGAGGACAUAAUAGCCCAAGCCAUUGUUUUCUACUUCGCUGGAUUUGAUAGUGUCACACUACUGUUGACAUAUUUAUUCUACGAACUGGCAUUGCAUCCAGAUAUACAAAAUAGACUGAGAAAGGAAGUCGAACAAACGCUGAAAGAAUGUGAUGGGAGAGUUACUUACGAAUCUUUGUUCAAAAUGAAGUAUAUGGAUAUGGUUGUAUCAGAAACCUUAAGGAAAUGGCCUAUCAACGUCGUGGUAGAUCGAAUCUGCCAAAAACCCUACACCAUCGAAGCCACUACUGCUCACGAGAGUCCAAUAACUUUAGAAGUUGGUACAGUUGUCUGGAUCCCAAUCUACGCCAUCCAUCACGAUGCUAAGUACUAUCCCGAACCAGAAAAUUUCGACCCAGAGCGGUUUAACGAAGAUAACAAAUCAGCCAUUAUCCAAGGCAGUUAUAUACCUUUCGGUAUAGGACCAAGGAACUGUAUAGGGUCCAGAUUUGCACUUAUGGAGACCAAAAUACUGUGCUUUUAUAUAUUGCACCAUUUUGAAAUUGUUCCAACAAAAAAGACACUGAAGUCGGUAAGCCUUUCACCAAAGACAUUUAACAUGAAACCUGAUAAAAGUAUCUGGCUGGGAUUGAAGAGGAGAAACGAAUAACAAUGAUUUUUUUACAUAAUAACGUUAGGCUAAGAUUUUUGACACAUUUGAAGAUUUGAAGUUUAUUUAAUAGAAACACAGCUACAAAAAUACUAAGACAUUGAAAACAUCUAAAGACUGAACCCACAAAAUAUCUUUUUGCUGCAAACGUGUCAGCCGUUUCACAAAUAAUUUCAAUAAAUAUUGACAUGGUGAAAUCACUUAAUAGCAGACAUUAAAACGCUGAAAUCGACACCAAAAAAUCAAAACAGAACAAGAAAGUAAAACACCAUAAGUAAGAAAGACCAAAUGGAGAAACAUUGGGAAAAUAUAAAACAGUUAUGUUUAUGUGUAAAACUACAUGGAAAAUAAACUAAAAGACGUAAGGAAACCUAUCACAUAAAAGACUAGACAUAUUUACCAAUAUUUGAUAUAACCAAGGAAAAUAUUAACAUUUGGAACAUAAAUGGGUAGUAAGGAGAUAGAAGAUAUGCUUCGCAGUCGAAUAAAAAAUAAAAAGCUUUAGAAAUAAAAGUAGUUCAGAAAGUGAACCUAACAAAAAAUAAUGCUCAAGUUGAAGUAUAAGGAAAAUCACUAAAGGUAUAUGUAUAUAAUAUGUAUAGAAUAUAAAAGUGAAUAAAUUGUAACAAUGACGAAAAGGAUUUACACCUGAAAUACAAGAUGAUAAAGUAUUACGUUUGGUUUGUUUACUUGUAUGGAAUGAGAUCAUGGACGUUGAAGGCCAGAUCCAUUAACAAACAAAGUUUUUGAAAUAGGGUGCCUGAACCGAAUACUUAGAGUAUCAUGAAAUGAAAAAGUAUUAAGAAGAGCGGAGCUCCAGAAUAGGGAAGACUGCAUAUUUAGGGCACAUUUUACGAGGUGAACGAUACACUUGUCAUCAACUAGUACUAAAAGGAAAUCAAAAGGGUAAGAGAGGUAGGUUUAGGACGUAAAAAGAUGCAAUGGCACCCUAAUAUUCGAAUAGGACAGGAAUUCACAAGUAUGAAAUUCUUCGCAAUAUUGUCAAAAAUAAAAUAAUUUGAUCCUAACCAUGCAAGAUGGUUUCUCAUAUGACAAUUUACGGUGGACCCCUACACUGAAAUGCACGGCACCAACCCACAAAUUACUGAAACCAUUUUUUUUUAAUUUUAUCUUUACUUAAAGUAAAUAUAAGGAAACGUGUCUUAUUUAACGACAAAAAUUACUAAAAUGUUAAUUUUUGCAGGAGCUGUCAAAAUAUGUCAUGUUAUUUUAAAAGGACAACAAUAAAAACGCAGUAUAUAUUAUUAUAUAUUAUUAUAAAAAAGGCAACAACGCCGUGAUCAAAUGUGUUUCUUCUAAUUAAACAUUAUAGCAUCGAGGUAGAAUCUAUGGAAAAGCUAUGAGCAUAUAAACCUGUAUGUUAAAAAUGGCGUCGGAAGGUCUGGCUAACCAUCAUACCAAUAUGGCAGUAAGAUCGAAGCCGGACUCAAUAAUAUUGAAACUAUUAUACAAUUAUUAUGAUUAGUUAUUCAGAAGAUUUAAACAUAAUCUAAAAAAAUGUAAUAUAUUUUUAAUAAAUUAUGAUUGAUUCAAGCAA